AUGGAAUAUGUACCUUUGGCUCAAUGGGAUCCUAAUGGGGGUUUGGUGUUAAUGACUGAGGAAGUUGACCCAGUUGACAUCUCUGUGGAGGAUGAUUUGGAACCUUCGGCUUGGGCAGAGCUUGAUAGUGUGAGAGUGAGAUGGAGUUCAGCUUUGUGUGUUUUGGGUGAUUUCAACAUUAUUAGAUACCCGGCAAAGCGUCUUGGUUGUAAUUCGUUUAGUCCAGCCAUGUUCAAUUUUUCGGACUUUAUCGAGAGGAAUUUUUUGGUUGAUCUUCCUUUGGUCAAGGGUGAGUAUACGUGGUUUAGAGAUUUAGUGAACCCUGCUAUGUCUCAUAUAGAUAGAGUUUUGGUUUCAACUGAUUGGGAAGAAAACUUCUUGGAUGUAAUUCAAAAGCCUCUCCCUCAGGCUGUUUCUGAUCAUUGUCCUAUUCUAGUGGAGGCAGGAGGCAUGGUGAGGGGGAAAAGUCCCUUUAAAUUUGAGAACAUGUGGCUAAAAGUGGAGGGUUUUAUGGAUCGAGUUAGGGGCUGGUGGAACAGUUAUCAUUUUGUGGGAUCCCCUAGUUAUGUUCUCGCAUGUAAAUUCAAGGCUCUUAAAAAAUACUUGAAGCAUUGGAAUAAACAUGUUUUUGGGGAUGUGCAUUUUAGAAAAAAAUGUUUGCUGUCUGAGCUGUUGGAUCUAGAUAUGAGAGAAGGUCUGCAAGUGCUGACUAUGGCAGAUAAAGCAAGAAAAAUUGAGAUUAAGGCAGAGAUCAAAUCUUUAGCUUCUUUGGAGGAGAUUUCUUGGAGGCAGAAAUCAAGGGCUUUGUUCUUAAAGGAGGGGGACAAUAACACUAGGUUUUUCCACAGGCUUGCUAAUUCACAUAGACGAGCUAAUAUCAUGAGGGGUGUGGAGGUUGAUGGCAUUAUGUAUGAAGCUGAAUCAGAUAUUCAGGAUCAGGUGGUGGGGCUUUCUCUUGAAAGGGAGUUUGAUAGGGAGGAGAUCAUUGCCGCUCUUCGGGAGGCUGAGGGUGAUAAGGCUCUUGGUCCUGAUGGCUUUACCAUAGCUUUCUUCCAAAAGUGUUGGGGUGUGAUAGAAGAGGAUGUUAUGGCUUUUUUUGUAGACUUUCAUAGCCAAUGCAUCUUUGAGAAAUCUCUGAAUGCUACUUUUCUAUGUUUGAUACCUAAGAUGAUUAAAGCUGUCAAUAUUAAAGAUUUUUGGCCCAUUAGCCUUGUGGGAAGUUUGUACAAACUUCUGUCAAAAGUGUUGGCUUCUAGGCUUCGAAGUGUUUUGGACAAACUUAUAUCCAACUCUCAGAAUGCCUUUGUAGGGGGAAGACAGAUUCUUGACUCUGUUCUUAUAGCAAAUGAAUGUUUGGAUAGUAGAUUGAAGAGUGGUGUUUCAGGUGUGAUCAUUAAGUUGGAUAUAGAGAAGGCUUAUGAUCAUGUAAAUUGGAAUGCUUUGUUUUACUUAAUGGAGAGGAUGGGUUUUGGGGAGAAGUGGGGAAGUGGAUGA